AUGUUGUAAAUACCAUGUUUUUAACAUGAUAAAUCCCUCAAAAAGUUUAUUCUAAUAAACAAAAUGGAAACUAAAAUGUUAUGUGAUGUUUGUUUAACAGAAAUUAAUUAAAAAAGUAAUUAAGUUAAUCCAGAUGAUUUAAUUUACUUGUAUAAUGUAUUUAUAAAUAUCAUCCUUUAGGCAUACAAGACUCCAGAAAUAUUACUUAAAAAAAUAAAUAUAUCUAAAGAUCUCUUGAAUUUCUUUAUGGAAUAACCUAAUUAUGAUGAAUUUCAAUUAAAUCAUUAAAUUAAAAUACUUGAAAAAAGAGUUGAAGAAAUAAAUCAUUUUCUAUAAGGAAUGUUAUAAGAAUUAAAAUCUAAAGUAAUAUUUAUUUUGGAGUUAAAAUCAAAAAUUAGAAAUGAACUUGAGCAUGUUAUUUUUUAAAAUAUUAAUAGGAAUUUUAAUUUAACAAUUUUAAGAAUAUUAUUGACAAUUUAGAAAUAUCCAGAGAGUCACUAACUCAAUAGAUUUUAGAAUAAAAUGAAUAACACUUACAUCAAUAUUUUCAAAAAUUAAUGAGCAACGAUGUUGAAAAUCUAAAUAAAACACUUUAUUAAAUAUUAGAAAAAAGAAGAUUAGAAUUUGAAAAUUAAGAAUAAUUCUUAAAAUUGGAGGAAUAUUUUCAUCAUAUUACCUAUAAACAUUAAUAAUUGAUUAAAUAAAUUUAACCCAAUUUUCCUAAUGUUUUAAUUAAUUAUAGGUCAAUAAUAGAACAAUAUAAAUAAAAAUUAUUUGAUAUUAUUGGACUUAGAUAAGAAAAAACAAUUAAAAGCAAUUAAUUAAUAUAUUAAGGAACAAGAGAUGGAUUAUAAGGUGAUUAGUUUUGGUAUUAUAUUAAAGGUAGAUCUAAUUUAUUAAUGAUUUUUCUAUCUAAAAGUGGUUAUGUAUUUGGUGCAUAUACUCCAUGUUUAUGGACUCCAACAUUUACAGGAAAAUAUGUAUAAGAUGAUUCCUUAUCCUCAUUUUUAUUCUCAUAAACACAUGAUUAAAUUUAUCCUAUAAAAUACAAUCAACGAGAUAAAGCAAUUUAUUGCAAAUAUGAUUACGGACCAUGUUUUGGUAGUGGUUGGGAUAUAAAAAUACUAUCUGAUUUUUAAGAAGGAUCUUCUAAUCAUAUAGGAACUACCUAUAAGUGUGAUUAGUAUUUAAUUGAUAAAAAAAAAAUUCAUUUAUUUGGUUAAUGCAAACCUUUGAUAAUUGAAUGUGAAAUUUUUUAAAUUUGUUUUAUAUGA